AUAAUUGAAAUAAAAGUUCUAGAAAUCUAAACUAAAUAGGAAUGAGAGUUAUGAAUGUUUGAUAAUGAGUACUACAGCAUCCAACUAAGCUUUGCGCUUCGCUAUUAUCUACCCAAUUCUACAGGCUAAACCAUUAAGCAGCGUUUUCGGAGCCGUCAGUUCGUUGAAAUCUAUCGUUGAGGUCGGAUGUACGUUCGUUUCCCACCAUCUCCGUGCCAUGUGAUGACCCCCCAGAUUCAUUUUGCGUUAAUAUAUUAACUAAUGUGACAUCUUAAAAAUUUGUGAUAGAGUUUAGUGCCUUAUAAUUGUGUUGUUAUUUUUAAAUUACCAAUUGUGGAUAUGUACGCUGCUUACGCGGGGGGAGCACCGCCGCAUUACGCUCCCCCUCCGCCCCCUUCAUACUUACAACCUCAUGCGCCGCCACCUCCUAUUCCUCACCAUGUACAAGUUCCUCCUAUCGGCUUGGGCCAGGAUCCUACCCCCGUUGCACAUUUUUCGAAAAAACGGAUAAGGUCAGAUGAAGACGACCCAACUGGUAGUAAGUUUACAAGAAUGGAAGACGAAAAUAUUCAAGACAAGGAGAGAUUUGCUAGUAGGGAGAACCAUUGCGAAAUUGAGAGGAGAAGACGUAAUAAGAUGACGGCGUACAUCACCGAGUUAUCUGAUAUGGUUCCCACCUGCAGUGCUCUAGCCAGGAAACCUGAUAAACUGACGAUUCUUAGGAUGGCAGUUGCUCAUAUGAAGCAACUCAGAGGUGAGAGUACUGGUAAUACUAGCACAGAUGGUACUUACAAACCCUCAUUUCUAACGGACCAAGAACUGAAACAUCUAAUUCUAGAAGCAGCUGAUGGAUUUCUUUUUGUAGUUAGCUGUGAUACAGGAAGGGUUAUAUACGUAUCAGAUUCUAUCGGCCCAGUUCUAAAUUACUCUCAAAGUGAUUGGUACGGCUCCUGUUUAUACGACAAUAUACAUCCUGAAGAUGUAGAGAAAGUUAGAGAACAAUUAUCAACACAAGAACCACAGAAUACCGGAAGAAUCUUGGAUUUGAAAAGUGGAACUGUUAAGAAAGAAGGAAAUCACUCUUCGAUGAGAUUAUGUAUGGGAUCUAGAAGAGGUUUCAUUUGUAGGAUGAAAGUAGGGAAUGUUCCACCGGAAAGUAUGCCAGUUGGCCAUUUAAAUCGCCUUAAACAACGGAAUAGUUUAGGUCCUGGACGAGAUGGCCAAAACCAUGCUGUUGUACAUUGUACAGGGUACAUAAAAAAUUGGCCACCAACAGAUAUGUUCCCAGGUGUUCAGCUAGACCGUCAAUCUGAAGAGGAAAUCCACACUUCUCAUUGCUGCUUGGUAGCAAUUGGUAGAUUGCAAGUUACAUCAACACCUAACACUAGUGACAUAUCUGGCUCAAGUAGCAACACUGAAUUUAUUUCAAGGCAUUCCAUGGAUGGGAAAUUCACUUUUGUAGAUCAGCGUGUGAUAGGUCUUUUAGGAUAUUCAACUGCAGAAUUAUUGAGCAAAAGCUGCUUCGAUUUUAUCCAUCCUGAGGAUCAAACUCAUAUGAAAGAUAGCUUUGAGCAAGUAUUGAAACUGAAGGGACAAGUAUUAUCAGUAAUGUACAGAUUUAGAGCAAAGAAUAGAGAAUGGGUGUGGCUCCGAACAAGUGCAUUUUCAUUCCUGAAUCCAUAUACUGACGAUGUGGAGUAUAUAGUGUGUACAAAUACAACUGCAAAAUCAGUUCAUACACCAAGUGAAGCACCUACCGAAGCUCCUGAGCAAGUUAGCUAUCAACAACCUGGACUAGACUAUAGUUUGCAAAGGCGAGAUUCAAUUUAUUCCCAUAUGCUUCCCACCACACAUAUCCAAAAUGAGUACCUGCCUAUGUCAACCACUACAAGUCCAGAUGAUUCUCGAUAUCCAAGACUGCUUGCUGAUCCUCAACAGGCUGCUAGACCUAGUAGUGUUCAGAAUGUUUAUACCACUUAUGAACCUACUCCAUCUCCUAUUGCUUAUGGGUCUCCUUCCCAAGCUAGUGCAAGUAGCAGUAAUGCUAGUGUUUUAGCAAGGCUAAGUAAAGGUAGCACUACGAGUCCUACUCCAGCAGCGGCGGCCUGGACUUUGCGGCAACCACAGCAGGCGCCAGAUGGUUAUCAGUAUAGUCAACCGAGCCCGAGGUCUCCGGGACCAACUUAUACACAACUCAGUGGAGGUAGAUCAGCCACGGCCUCUGCUUCUGCUUACCAAUGGACUAACUGGCAAAAUUCCGCACAAGCGUCAGAAAGUGCUCCUGGAUCCUCCAGUUCAGGACCUCCUCCUCAACCACAACCUCAUGAGCUCUCAGAUAUGCUGCAAAUGUUAGAUCAAGGAGGACCUACAUCUUUUGAGGACCUUACAAUGUUUAAUACAACAUUCGAGUAAAAUUUAUUUUUUUUGUACAAAUGAAGAUUGGUUUUAUGAAAUUUCGGGGAAGUGCCUGUUCCAAUGUUUGUUACAGAGUAAUUUUACUCUUUAAUACCUGUCAUUCAUAUUUCUAUUUAUAUUUUUGCCUAAUUUUAAAUUUAAACUGUAAAGCCCGUGUUAAAAGAGAUCAAACAUAUUCUCCAGUGUUUUUUUUUUGAAUUGAAUGUAUUUUUAGAAAAAAAUGUCGAUUUCUUUAUUUUCAGUUUUAAUGUAUCUAAAUGUUAUCUACUUAUUUUUCUGCAUGAAUUCUCAAUUUAAUUACAAUUCUCCGUGGGUGUUGUGAUUUAGUAAAUACUUCAUUAUUUUUCCAAUUAUCAGAACGAUUGAUAAUGCUUUAGUAUAACCUAAUAUUACUUAGGUAGGCGUAACAUUUUAUUAUUAUACUGUAUGCAUACAAUUCGAUUUUUGGUCGAUAUAAAUUACUUUGAACCUUUUUUUGAAGUGAAUAACAAACGUCCACGUAGAAUUUAAGUAUGAAAUGAAUUUAAAAACUGGUUUUACCCCGACUAUGAUAAUUUUUCAGUCAUUGUAAAAUAAAUCAUGUGUUUUUAGUGACACUUAGUGAAAUAAGUACAGCGUGUGUGUCUUAUUCAACCAGAAUUGUUGAGGAAAUGCCAGAAAAUUAAACAGCUCAAUUGAACUUCGGCGAAUUAACGGAACUCGUUUGUUAUUUCUAACUGUUGUGACGUCCAAAGUUGUAUAGCUUAAGAUUUGGCGAAAUGCUAUGUUACUCUUACUAAGAUCAGUUCACACAGGCACUACAGACUAAGAAGCAUGUGCACAGCAAAAUAUAUUUUUUUGAUAUUUGUUGUAGUUUAUUAACAGUUAUAAUUUUAGCCAAAAUAUUAAAGUCGUCAAGUUGCUGGAUAUCAGCUGCCGUAUUCUAAUUGGUAUUAUUUAUGAAUAUCUAUAUGUAAUGUGUAACAGUACAUUUGUUUGAAAUUAUAUACUUAAUUCAAGAAACAUUUAUUUUAUAAAAUAUUUAUUAUGGUAUCUGAAAACAUUGAAUUUCCUUUGAAAAAAGUGGAGGUAUCUGAAAAUAAAUUGUUCAAGAAUAACAUGAAUCUAGGACUGAAGUGAAAAUGAAUUUUUGAUUUUAAGAAACGGGUACCUUUCAAUGAAAGUCCUAGAGCCCACUGAAAAAUUUAAUGUCUAUAAGGUAAUACACUCCAAAUGGUAGUACAUACAUUAAGUAUGGACAUAGUAGUGAAGGACGGGCACGUCAUUUUUAUAAUAAAUUUUUUGAACAUUACCUUCAUUUACGUAGUAAGAACUUUGAACUACUCUUAAAAUGUAGUGUUGGUAAGGAAAAUUAUAACAUCCUACCUCAUUUUAUUCUGAGCAUAUAUUGAGUCACGUCUAUUUUGAUAUAUUUAUUUUUGACAUGCUAUAGUACCUAUCGCGUACUAUCUUUAAACUUUGCUUAAAUUGAUAAUUAGAUGUUUUUAGAAAAUAAAAAAUGAAAAAAAGUUUAUGUCUGUUCGAAAUACCUGACACAAUACUUUUCAUUUGCGAAUAUCUAUGCUUUCAUUUCAUUAUUCUACUACUAUGUGCUAAGGAAUAAUCAUAUAAUAAAGACUCAACUAUCUCGUUAAAUGUUUACAUACAAUGAAAGGUUUCUUUCUAUUAAUGCUAUAAUGAUAUGAAAAUUACUUUUAUAAUAACAAACAUUAAAACACACAUUUUCUAUCUUCCUUCAUAAAAAAUCACCAUUACCAUUAUUUUUAUCAUCAUGAUCAGCAUCAUUAUUAUCAUUACAUGUACCAUUAUUAAAAUUAUCCUCAAAUUCAUUAUAGUUAUCAUCAUCAAUUACAAUAAAAAUCUACCAAAAAAAUGCCCUUAUCUAACAGAGGUGUUGAAUCUUUUUUGAACCAAAGUGGGUCAAUUUUGUAAUCGUUAAAUAUCUAUCUGCUUUGUUCUGGUAAUAAACCAAUGUACUGUUCUUCAGUGGCAUUCUUCCAUAUAUAUAUAAGUUCUUAAAUUGGUUUGUUUCGAUGAUGGCAGUUGUGUUGAAUCGAAUCUUUUUACAUUCUCCAUAACAUAUACCCGUAUUGAAGCUAAUGUGAACUAGUUUGGAAAAAUUAUCACUCUAGCAUCUUUACGUGUGUGUGUGUGUGUUUGUGCGUGUGUGCGUAUUUGUUUAGGUGUGUGUGUAAUUAAAUUUUGACUUGUAUAAACAACUUCUUUCCAAUAAAUGUUAUUUGUAUCAUUUUUUCCAAUUUUUUAAAAAUUGUUUUUACCACAUCAUUAAUUAAUUAAUAGACAACAAAAUCACUUUCUUUGUAAAUCUUUUAUUAUUAUCAGUUUGGGUAGAUACAAGUUUUUUUUAUCACUUCAUUUAUAUCCCGAGAGCAGUUUUUUUAUUCAUUUUUUACUGAGGCAAUGGUAAAAUAGGGUUAUUUCAUAAUUUUGAUAUUUAUCAUAUAUUAUUUUUGGCGUUUACUCAUAAUUUUUUCCACUUUGUCAUCUUUUGAUUUUUUUACUAUCUUUCUUGUUUUCUAUGUUUGCUACUUGCAAUUUUUUCUCAUUCAAUUGUUUUUGGUAUUCUAAGUACAUAUUUUAAUUUAAUUUAAGGGUCGCAUUUAUUUAAAUUUGAGGUUAAACAUAGGAAAUUGAAAUAGACAUAAUACAUUCUAGCAAAUAUUUGGGUACCAGUGUGAACAGAUCUUAUUCUUGAUAUUGUGAGGUAGUGUGUAUACUCAGUUUUAUCAUUUUAACAAAAAUAUACUAACUGGAAAUUUGAAAAAAUACCAUGUGUGAUUAAUUACUAAUCAGUCAAACAUUCUUAUUAUUAAAUUUGCUUGACAGUGAAGUUUGAAAAAGAUAUAUACAUAUUGAUAAAUUUUACAAGUAUACUGUCAAAAAGGGGGUAGUUCACAGUAUUUAUAGUAUAACAUAUUUGUCAGCCGUUAGUAGCAUGUUAUGCUAUAAAAUAACAUUUACGAUACCGCAUAUCGCACAUAAAAUGGAACAAUUCUAAAUGAAAAAACACGCUUUUAACAAUUGAACGAGAAUUGUUUUAAUUUUUAAGCAACAAUAUUUGAUUCAAAAACAUAAUGUAAAUUAUAUUAAUCGUUAGGUUCGUUCAUCAAUUAUUAAUAAUUAUCAACAUUUUGCCCUUCUUAAAAUAGUGCUUUACUUAAUUAUAAAAAUAGGUAACUGUGUCGAAAAAUUUUCAAUUAUUUCAUAGUUACAUUUGAAAUAAAACAAAAACAAACUAAAGUAACUAUUAAUACAAAAAACUUGAAACUAUCUAAUUGUCUACAUAAUUGUAACUAUAAAAUACUCAAGUAAUGACAAAGGAAUAUUAUGAAAAGUGCUUUUCAACAAAUGCCUCAUAAUAUCCAUAUAAAAUGGUUUUUUUUAUUUGCACUAAAAAUGAAUAUGGAUUUGUAUGCUUUUAUUAAAGCAAUAUUCUUAAGAGAUUGAUAUCAAGCCUGUUUAGAAAACAAUUUUAUAAAUUUUCUGAUUUGCCUUUUUGUAGGAUAUAUAAACACUUGAAAUGAAUAAUGUGCUAAUUCCAAAUCAUUAUUUCGAGAUAAAAGCUUAUUUUUUGUUCUACAAUGAAUGUGUAAGAGUUAACUCUUUCAAAAUCAAACAUAGGUAUAUUUCAAGUAAGUAUUUUUCAGUAUAAUUAAUAUCUUUGAGAAGAAAAUUGCAGAAAAAAUGUUAUAAAAUCAUAUUAUGUGCUAAGUAUUAUUGCAAAAAAUCAAAUACUCGGGUAAGUUAUAAUGGAAAAACACAAACACAUAAAGUUAAGAACGAGAAUCAGGAUCUAAUAGGUCUUCAUAUAAUUGUCUAUUAUCUUUCUUCAAGAAAGGAAUCAUUGCCAGCAGAUUUUGUUUUUUUUUCAGAAAUUUUACUCUGGAAUAGUCAUAUCUGUUAUUGCUCUACUAGUGACAUUUUUCUUUAAAAUCUUUGUUGUUUUCAAGGCUUUAUUUCGUUCAGGGUUUCUCGAAUGUUAACGAUUAACAUACUCUCAUAACAUACGUAUUUUGCUUCACAUUAUCAUUCAAACCGUGAAAUUCAGGAAAAAGUUUCAGUUUUUAUUUAUGCGAUACCUCUUCCCAUUUGAGGUUACAUGUUGCUGCAUACCUGAAGCAAAGUAUAUAAAAAUUUACAAUCGCCAUUGGAAAAUGAAAACAAUGUUCGACUUAUUUCUCAUUGUAAAAAUGUUCUUCUCCAGCACUUCUUUAUUUCUGUUUAUUUGUUUACUGCUAUGUCUACUAGUAGUACCAGCAAAAGUUUCAUUUCUGUAUUAUUUUGAAAAUAUACAGGAUGAGAUAAAAAAUAGCAUGUACAACAAAAAAACAGCGGCGAAAUUAGCUCCUGUAGAACAGAAAACAAGGUUAUAUUUUUUGGCACUUAGCUCAUUUCUCACUGGCCGUGUUUUAGCAGUUAACAAGUGCGCACUCUGUUGGGAUUUUUUUCAGUAUAAUUUAAUAGUCGUAGAAAAUGAAAAUCGAUUUUUGGCACUUAGCACAUUAUUUAUUUCACGUCUUCAAUUAACAAAAGCAUCUACUUCUCUAUGCGAGGUAAUUUUACAUCUUAAAUAGUUCAUUUUCAGAAUUUUUAGAAAAAAUUGUAACAGUUCAUCAUCUAAGAGAUUCAAAAAGUAACAAUUUAUAAGAAUUUUCUACGCUGAUUUUCCAUUAGAUGUGCAAGUUAUUACUCUGCAGUAGGAAUAUUCUCUAUUUUUUUUUAAUCUUAAUAUACACACAGAAAAACGGCCGAAGACGUCAAUAACAUAUUUGGAGUCCCCAUUCACAACAUAUCAACCAAAAUGAAAAUUUGUGUUAGAAAUUUAUUUUCUGUUUUUAUAUUUGUAAUCUUAAAAAAAUUAUUAUAACGUGAUAUCAAAGUAUUAUUUAUUUUCAUCAUAUUGAUAUUGUUUUGGAGUUACAUGGUAUUUUUUGUAUAUUUCUUUUCAUAAUGGUACUACAAUGCCUUGUGCUUUGCAUUGAGAUGCACAUUAAAUUUACAUGUGAAAUACAAUUUAAUUUUUUUUUCAUAUAUGUUUUAACUCAAUAGCAUUUCAGUUUUAUUUCUACAUAAGUAAUAUUUUUGUAGAUUAUUAAUUUAUACUCUUUUUUUGUAUAAAACAAUAUAUCAUUUUGAAGUAUUUUAGAAAAUUUGAAUAAUUAUAUUUUAUUGCUAUUAAAAAGUCAAUAAACUCUUUUGAUAAAUACAAAAA